UCGCUACCCAGGCCACAAAGUGUGACGCUUCAGAAAGGUGCGUUUAUCUGGAGUAUUCGCAGCAGUAGUUUUUAAAACUUCAUAGCUGCUUUCUCAAACGGAGAACAAGGUUUUGGCAGCUCUAGGUAUAAUGGUGACCACUCCAAGUGAAGCCUAAUGUGCCAGAUGAUACACUGGUAUGACUGGCAGGAGAGAUCGUGGCAUUUGAUUAGCCUGGCCCUGCAGAGGAGGUCCAGAGUGGAGAUGCAGUGCAGGAACCGAGAGCUGGUGGAGUUCUUUAUAAGCUAUAAACUGUCUCAGAAGAAUCACCCAACUUCCCUUCUGAGGCCAACCAAUGUGGGCCAAAGGACUGAGAGAGACCUGGCCAAAUCCCUGCCUGCGUACGAUGGCAUAGAGGCUUUAAAAUCAGCUCUUCUAGACUCAGGAGAGCAGUUUGGUUUUCUGUUCACACAGUCUUUUAGGGACGUUGCUUCGCACCUCAACAUCACGCCAGACACAGCCCAGCAAUGCUUCGAGAGUGUGAUGGAUGAGUUGUUCAGGGAUGGAAUCAAUUGGGGGCGUAUAAUUGGUCUGUUUGUCUUUGGUUCUGCAAUGUGUCUGGACUGUAUUGACAGCAAUAUGGGUGAGCUGGUACCCGACAUUGCAGACUGGAUGACUGCGUAUCUAGAUGAUCACAUUAGUCUGUGGAUCCAACGAAAUGGAGGAUGGGACCGCUUUACAGAGAUAUUUGGGAAAGGGAUGUCUACUAGGAGCUCUGGGGAGUCUCUGAAGAGAUGGCUGUUUGUUGGAGUGGCAUUAGUAACAGGGCUGCUGGUUGGCAUGCUCAUGACAGAUUAACAGUGAAGGUGCUACUUCUCUGCCGUCACUGAACACCCUGUGGAAUGCUAAACCGAGGGAGGGAAGCGGUUAAUGUUUACAUGGAAGCCCAGUCCACAUGUGCAGUGACCAUAGUGGGUGGGCAAAGUCAUUCUGUGAGAAGCUUCAUAAUGUGUAACUUGGUGAGCUGUUGCAGACCACCUGCUCGCCUUGCUUUGACCAAUGUGUUUUUAUUUUAUUUUUAAACGCACAACAGUUUAGUAGCUGAUUUGCCUGUUCACAUUAAAUGAACCUAAUUAAAAAGGCAGUGAAAGUGAUUCAGCUAGUCUAAGCUCUCUCUCUCUUUUUAUCCUGUAUUAUUCAGGGAACAAUGUGUAUGACUGAGACUAUGUUGUAUUCCCCCCUUUAAUGUGUAAUUCUCAGUUUCUUUUGACUGUUCUUGAGUUUUUAAGUCUGUUUUGAAAGGUUUUGCUGAGUAAACUGUAUGGAGUGCAGAGGCUAUCCAAAAAAAUCAAAUCUAUGCUCUAGCAGAGGCCUGUGAGUUCUCUUCCUCCUACAGUCCAGAGACAUGCAUGUGAAAUUGACUUUUUCCAUCUCUCGCUAGUAUCUAAAAUUAUCCAUGUGCAACAGGCUACAUAUCCAUGAUUGUAUUCAGUGUUUUUUUUUGUUUUGUUUUUUGGCUGUUCCUCUAAGGGAUCAGAUUGGAUCAUCUGCUGCCAUUUUGCCCUACUCUUAGCACAGUCUUGUCACAUCAACCCCAUGCAAGCCCCCUUCACUACAUCUGUGGUCUGCCUCUUUUCCUCUGCUUGGCAGCUCCAUAUUAACCAUACGUUGUUCACCAAGUCCACUAACUGAGCUGUCACUGUGACAUUAACUUCUCCAGCUCUGCCACUUUCACCUUGUUCUUGUUCUCGUGUCAGUGCCACCGUCUAUAAACCAUACAUCGUAGCAGUGCUCGCUACUGUCUUGUAAACCUCCCCUUUCACUUGUGCUGCUAUUGUUCUGCCACAAAUCAAAUGAAGUGACUCCAUAUGAAGUAUCUUAAAAGCUGGAAUUAAAUGAGAUGUAUUCUUUUACACAAUGUGCAUUAAAAUCUUCUUGAAAAUAUAAAA